AUCUGGGCGGGCGGAGAGGACCGCCCAGUUGGCCGGGGACCGACCUGUUGAGUGCAGCCUCCGGCAGCGGUCGCGGCGGAAGGGGGCUGACGUUAGGCCUGUGUCGCCCUCCCACAGCCUCGGCAGGCGGCAGCACCAUGAACGCCGAGGAAUUCCGCAAAGCUGGCAAGGAGAUGGUGGACUAUGUAGCCGAUUAUUUGGAGAACAUCCGCGAAAGGCGCGUGCUGCCGACCGUGCAGCCGGGCUACCUGCGUCAGCUGAUCCCGGCGCAGGCGCCCGAGGAGCCUGACUCGUGGCAGCAGGUGCUGCAGGACGUGGAGCGCGUCAUAAUGCCGGGAGUCACGCACUGGAACUCGCCGCAGUUCCACGCCUACUUCCCCACCGGCAACUCGUACCCCGCCAUCGUCGCCGACAUGCUGUCCGACGCCAUCGGCUGCAUCGGCUUCACUUGGAUCGCCAGUCCGGCCUGCACCGAGCUGGAGGUAGCCAUGAUGGAUUGGCUGGGCCAGGCGCUGCGACUGCCGGCGGCGUUCCUGGCCAGCGCCGGCCACGGCGGCGGCGGCGUCAUUCAGGGCACAGCCAGCGAGGCCAGCCUGGUGGCGCUGCUCAGCGCGCGCGCGCGCGCCACCCGCCGCCUCAAGCAGAAGCACCCGGACUGGCUGGAGAGCGCCGUCGUCGGCCAGCUGGUGGCCUACUGCUCCGACCAGGCCCACUCGUCUGCAGAGAGGGCCGGACUGUUGGCCGGCGUGCGCAUGCGCCAACUGCAGACCGACAACAACUUUUCGCUGCGCGGCGCGGCACUGCGACGGGCCAUUGAGAAGGACAAGUCUAUGGGGCUCGUGCCGUUCUUCCUGUUGGCCACCCUGGGCACGACGCCGUCCUGCGCGUUCGACUGUCUGCCCGAGCUAGGCGCCGUGUGCGAGGCCGAGGGGCUCUGGAUGCACGUGGACGCCGCGUACGCCGGCUCGGCCUUCAUCUGCCCCGAGUUUCGGCCACUGCUCGACGGCGUGGGUCUGGCCGACUCCUUCAACUUCAACCCGCACAAGUGGAUGCUAGUGAACUUUGACUGCUCGGCGAUGUGGGUGAAACGAGCCAACGACUUGGUGGACGCUUUCAACGUCGACCCGCUGUACUUAAAACACGAUAAACAAGGAUUGGUGCCUGACUACAGGCACUGGCAGAUCCCGCUGGGCCGCCGUUUCCGCUCGCUGAAGCUGUGGUUCGUACUGCGAAUGUUCGGGCUGAGCGGCCUGCGCGCCCACAUCAGGCGUCAUGUGGCGCUGGCCAAGCUGUUCGGCGAGCUGGUUGGCGCCGACCGCCGCUUCGAGGUCGUGACACCGGUCACUCUGGGCCUGGUCUGCUUCCGUCUCAAGGCCAAGAACGAGGUGAACGAGGCGCUGCUGAAGCAGAUCAACGACGCUGGUCGGAUCCACAUGGUGCCCUCGAAGCUGCGCCAGACGUACAUCCUGCGGUUCGCCGUGUGCGCCAGCGCCACCGAAGAGAGCGACAUCGAGCUGGCGUGGGGCGAGGUACGCGACCAGGCCACGCGGCUCGUCGGGCCGCCCGACCGCCUGUGAGCGGGACGCGGCGGAGUGGGGCGGGACAGGACGGACCGGACGCGGCGGAGUGGGACGGGACAGGACG